AUGGGAACGUUGAUUCCGGCCGUGGCAGGCAGCGGAAACCUGGCCCUCGGCUCGAGCUCCUCCAUGAUGGAGCAAGAGGAGGCGGGAGAGGAUGGGGGCCAUGAAGCCUGCAAGAUCCAGGCGCCGGCUUCUGCAGGAUUGGGGCGCCAAAUCUGGGUGUGGCUUCAUCGUCCUGCAAUUUCUUCCAGACAGAUAAAUAUGGAUUGGUUGAGAGCUGAAGGUAUGUUUGCCCUUGAAUUUAUUUCUGAAUUCUUGAAUGCUUCUUAA